AUUUCCCUAAAAACAAACAAAUAUCCACGCACAAAAGAAUUCCAUGACAUUUCAUUUCACACUUUCGUGGAGGACAGAGCAUACUUGACGGGCAGAGGACUUUUCGCUUAAGCGUCUGCAAUAUUAAUACAUUUCCAUUUAAAUUUGGAAAUAUUUAUUUAUUUCUGAGGUGUGACAUUUUAGUAGUGCUCGAAGAAAGUAAAGAAAGUGUUCGAAUAUGUUGAGAUAUAUAAUAAUUUCGCUCGCGUUUUGUGGUGUUCUACAAAUACAAUCAACGGCGGCAAGCUCUUCGAGCGGUAGCAAUGUGAGUUUCGAUCUAGAUGGAAGAAUUAUCAAUGGCACCGUGGCGAGUUUUAAUGAAACUAAACAUCAAGUCUCAAUACGUCGUCGUCUCAAUGAUGGCUACUUCUUUGGCACCGGUCAUCUAUGCGGUGGUUCGUUGAUUAGUUCGAAUGUGGUGCUUUCAGCGGCGCAUUGCUUCGUGAAUUAUGAUAUAAAUAACGGUACAUUCCGUUCGCCUGAGGACUACAUUGUGGUGAUGGGAAAUCUGGAUCGUUAUGAGCGCAACAACUUCACACUUGUAUUCGAUAUCAAGAAUAUCGUCUUUAACGUGAGCACUUUCAAUCUCAGCAGCUAUGAGUCGGACGUCGCUUUGGCAUUUCUGAACGAUUCUGUGCCAGCGAAUUACACCAGAGCUCAACCAAUUCAACUCAAUACCGAAGAAGUGCCUGAUGAAACCGUUUGCCAGGUAACUGGUUGGGGUCAAACUGAAGAGGGCUAUUUGUCGGAUGUUUUGCUGACUGUUGACGUGCCCAUCAUUAACGACACCGCUUGUGCAAAUGACAUGAAUUUUAGGCCCGGCCUCAUCGGUCUGGGCAUGCUGUGUGCGGGCUAUCCGGAGGGUGAGCGUGACGCUUGUGCUGGUGAUUCCGGUGGUCCACUUGUGUGCAACAAUAAAUUGACGGGCAUAGUAUCGUGGGGCAUUGGUUGUGCAGAACCCGCUUAUCCAGGAGUUUACACAAAUGUUUCCUAUUGGUCGAAGUGGAUCGAUGAGCAAAUUCGUGGUAAUAGUAGUAGUACUAACAAAGCGAGCGGCAGUCAUGUAUCCGGCCUUAUCGCUUUUCUGACAGUAUUUGUUACUUUGGCGCUGAAUAGAUAAUUGCUGAUAAUUUCAGUUUCAAUCAAGUUCGCAAUAAAUUAGUUUCGUAAAUAUCAAAACACAAUUAAAAUGUCAAUUAAAUACUUAAGUAAAUAUAACUCGCAUAAUAAAUUAGGA